AAAGGAUGGCCCCCCAAAUACAGCACAUGGGAACCAGAGGAGCACAUUCUGGACCCUCGCCUUGUCAUGGCCUACGAGGAGAAGGAGGAGAAAGACCGAGCAUCAGGGUAUAGGAAGAGAGGUCCGAAACCCAAGCGGCUUCUGCUGCAGGUAACCACUGCCUCUGAGCCUUCUCCCCUCACCCUGCCCAACCCUGCCUUGCCCCCACCACCUGCAUGUGCACUGCCCUUGGGCCCACUCUCUUGCCCUACCCAGCGCCCCUGGGUACAGUAGAGUGAGACACGCAGUGGAUACAGUUCCAUAGAAGGGAGUUUGUAAAGGCCUCGUGUGGAGCUGAAGCCAAGGUAGUCAGCCUGGGUAGGGGACUCCGGUGGGCCUGAGGGUAGACAUAUGGCCAAUCUGUGAGAGCUUAAAAUGUCUGAGUAAGCCUCUUUUGAUCCUCCAAAACUCUAUAGACACAAAAUAUCUGAGGAUCUUAGUAUUAAGGAAACAUGGCAGAGUAGGAUUGCAAACUCCAAGAACUGGAGACCCUUGGCAGCCUGAGCAUGACCUUGGGGCGGCAGCCAUGUUCUCUCUGGAGAGGAACCUGCAGUGAAGGCUGUUUUUCCAUAUGGGCCUUGCAAAUGUUUCUGUCCAUUCCCAUGAUGCCGUAAGUCUUGGCAAAGAAGCCAAAAGAGUAUGGAAGCCACCACACAAUUCAGUGAUUGUGUGCAGGCCUUGAGUGUUUUCUCACCUAUGUGUGUGUUGGGGGAGGAGGGAGUGGACACGAGUAUGUGUUCUUGAUUCUGUAAGGCCCGCCUAUACUUUUGACCAUCUUUGGUUCUUAUAUGUUUAACCUCUCCUGGUGCUGGAUUUUCUUGGACUCUCCUUAUUGGACAGAAUGGCUGGUCUUGAGGAUGACCUGUGAGGUUUGUCAUAAACAGGCCCUAGGAAGGAAGCGACCUUUGCUAGACACGAACACAGUGGACAUCACAAGCAGACACGUUCCGUCUGUUUAUCAGAACAGGGCAGAUGUGUCAGGCCUUCUGCUGCUGUGGGACAAACUCUUCCAAUGCAGCAGCUUGAAAAUGGGAACUGCUGUUGUGUCCCAUGGCCUCGGUGGAUCCACAAGGUGGUGCUGCCUCAGCUGCUUGUGGAGUGAUCUUGGUCUCAGAUCCAGUCACGGCAUCUUGGGGCUAGGACAGGAAACUUGGCUGCCUGGUUGCUCCUCAUGGUCAGUGAAGCAGUGCUGAAGAUUGACAGCUCCUGCCCUGUAGGUGACCCACAGUGUGUCCAUGAGUUUCUGAGUCAAGUGGGUGGUCAAAGAGUAAGGGAGGAACCACACUGUCCAUAUGUCUUCGCCUGAAGUCACACUCCACAGAAAAGUCUAGAAGGUGGUGUUGCUGGACACAGCCUUUGAUGAGGUACUUAGGUCUCCUUGAGGCUUGGGGUUUACCUGGGGUCCUACAGCAAGUAGAACCAAGCUGUGAUCUGGAGCUGUCAGGGUAGGGUAAGGGCUGGGCUGGGCCCAGGGAGAGCCUUGAGGUCCCCUGUGUCAGCUUUCUGUUCCUGCCAGCGACCCAUGCUACAUGCCAGAUGAUCAACAGGCAUUAUUGAGUGUGGGACUGCCAUGUGUCACCACUGCCUCGGGCCACCUUGACACUUUGUGAUCUCGUGGCCCCAUUUGAUGGUCUCUUGUCCUGGGAACUCUUUGGCCUCUGGUGGCAUGUGGCAGGAAAUUUGGAGUAAUGUGGGAUCUUCCUGACACUAGGGUUUUUUUUGUUUUGUUUUGUUUUUUUUUGGAUCUGUACAAUUUUUACCUAAAGUUGGAAAGACAGACUCCCCAUUCUAGAGUUCCAGCCCUUAGGUGUGUGAAUGCGCCCUCUCCUUCUCCUUUACCAGGGCUGAGCUGGCAGAAGAGACCUGGCCCCUAGAGUGAGCAGAGGGUAGCUCCAGAGCCCAGGAAUGUCCUGUCUGCAAGCAGCAGGUGGGAUGCUGUUUGUGCAGGCUGGGCUGCCCCGACUCCUGCAGGGCCUCUCCCUUCACGCCUACAGUCUCCUUAAAGAGCUACUGUUUCAAGGAGCUUUCAAGGCCCCCCGGGAAGCAAAAUUCUCUCCUAAAAGGCAGAAAAUCUCCAUAAUGUGUCUACUUCAGAAAUCUAGUUUUGCAUAGCACUUGAUAGUGAACCCAAGACCAGGCAAUUGCUAAGCAAACGCUGUGCCACGGAGCUGUGCCCCUACCCUGUUGGCGUUGAUUUUCAAUGUAUACUUGGUGCCGUUCUGCUGUGGAUCAAAGGAAGAGUAAGCCCCCCCAGCCUUGACCCUCAGCCCUGGGGAGACAAGGCCCAGGUUUGAGUCCAAGAGGGAUGGCUGACCUCAGCGGGUUUGAGGGUAGGCAAUACCUAAUGUGGUCCCUGGCCCAUGGACAGGGGAGGGGCAGGUGGAAGAGAUGUAAAUGAAGCUGGGUAUACUGGGGAAUACCUGAGCAAAGGUGCUGCAGUGGGGGGCGGGCUGAUCCGCCACGCCCUGGCUUGCCCCUGCAGCGACUGUACAGCAUGGACCUGCGGAGCUCCCACAAAGCCAAGGGCAAGGAGAAGCUCUGCUUCUCUCUGGCGUGCCCACUCGGCAACGGGAGCCCCAAGGGGGUGGUCAAGGCAGGGGCAGCUGAGCUGGUGGAGAAGGGCCCCUUGGGGCCCACCCUGCCUUUCCCGCUCCGCAAGCCACACAAGGCCCACAAGUACCUGCGGCUCUCACACAAGAAGUUCCCGCCAUGCGGGUCCCACCUGGAGAGUCACAGCCAUCGACGGGAGCUCUCCCUGCAGGAAUCAGCAGCGCCAGAUGUCCUGCAGGCCACUGGAGACUGGGAGCCUGUGGAGCAGCCCCCUGAAGAGGAGGAAGCAGACCUGACCAAUGGGCCGCCUCCCUGGACGCCCAUGCUCCCCUCAAGUGAAGUUACCGUGACUGACAUCACCGCCAACUCCGUCACAGUCACCUUCCGCGAGGCUCAAGCCGCCGAGGGCUUCUUCCGAGACCGCAGUGGGAAGCUGUGAACAGCGGCUUUCCCUCUUAAACUGUGUUUCUUGGGGCUUGGGUGAGGAAUUCCAGAGACAGGAGGGGCUGGGAGCAGGGUAAAUAUUUUAUUUUUUUAAAAAAGCAGAAACAUGGGGAAGACCCCACCACCCUGCCCUUGCUUCAUGAGGGUUGUUUACAAAGAGGCCUCUGGGAAAGGGUGGGAAGGCCAGUGCUGUUUGGGUCUCAUCUCCAGGGCAGAUGGGGACAGGCUACCCUUCCCAGUAUUCCUCUGUCAUUAUCUUUCAGAGGCUGAUCCUUGGAGUUGGAGGAGCCCAGGAGGUCCAGACCUUGCCUCAAGCAGUCACCCCAGCUUUCUGGUGGUGUCCCUCCCUGUUCCUUUACUAUGAACUUUCCACUCCAGCUUUGUGGUGGGACAUGGAGAUUGGCCUUGGCUACCAAGGACAAGAUCAGGACAGUGGGCCGGACCAGGGAAGAGGCUGCUCACCAAGCCUCUGAAUGUGCUGUCUCCCCGACAUUGGCCUGUGCACAAUCUCUAGAUGGCUGGAGCACAUCCAGCCGCCCCAAUGUGCACACACGGCGUGUGUGUUCACACCUGCCCUGUGUCUAUAGACCUGUCCAUGUGGACCUUGCACACCUUUAGAAACUGACCAGGUGAACACGGCGUCAUUCACAGCACAAACGAACUUGCCGUGGCACCCUUGCUCCACCUCGCAUGUACGUCACAUGACAGGAUCGGUCUCUGUUGGUUUGCAGCUGUCAGCAUGUAAUCUCCGAGCCUCGGUCAGGACCGGGCUUGGUGUGCAAGGUGCAGAAGCUUCCACACAGGCUCACAGACACCUGGCCCACCCUGCCUCCCACAGGAGUUCACGUUCUUUCUGACUCAGGUGACUUUCCAGCCCCACCCCUUCCUCUCCCCUCCCCUGGUGUGUGGGCAGUCAGGGAGGGGGUGUCCCACCACUUUCUCAGGGCAGUCCUUAUCUUCUCUGUCACCCCCACCCCCACCCAACCUGAAUGGCACAGCUUAGGACGACCCCUCACAUCUCGUGGGGAUUGAGUUAUAUGAGUCAGGUGUGUGGUCCUGGUGGUGGGGGGCGGUUUGCUAGUUUGCACAGGUGCCCUAUAGGCUGACACCUUCCUGCCAGGGGAAGGGCCCCUCCCUUGUUGAGGGCACACUGCUCUCUCAGCCCUGCUACCAUAGGAACCUAUGUGGUGGGGUCAUAGCAGCUACCAGUUCUGCUGUGUCUUUAGGGCGCCAGCAGGGUCUGUAUGAGCAAGGGUAGGAUGACUUACUUUUAGACACUCCCGUUCCCAAACCAAAGAUCCUGUACCCUGUGUCUGUCUGGGAUUCUGUCCUCUACCUUCUCUAGUCCCUGGUCUCCCUCUCCUUAAUUCUCAGUUGUCCAGGGCUAUCUCAGUGCUUCCAUUGAGGGCAGUCUUCUGUGGGUGACCUGAAUCUGGAGGGUUUCUGGGUGGGCCUGGGACAGGAGGAGCCUUAGUCAGUGGCCUCCAGGAGCCUGGGAGUGGGGAGAAGCUGGGUGUUCUUGAGCUCCUGGAGAGAAGGUGAGGGUGGGUGGCUGAAGCUUUUCUUUGCUGUUGGAUUUGAUGGCCCACAAUACUGGGGGACAGCAUCCUGUUGAUGUCAUGCUCCCCAUCCCUAGGGGCAUGAGACUAAAUACCUGUACAGUUCCAUCCUGAGGCUCCAGGAGGCUUUCCAGGCAGCUGUCUUCUGUCUUUAGCAGUAGGCAGUGUCCUUUUCUCUCACGGGGCCCUUUGUGCAACCCACCAGUUCCUGGAGAGUAUGGCCUAAGCUGGGUAUCCCUCAGGGUGGCCAUGUCACUCUGGACUGCUGGAAACUGGCCACCUAGGGAGAAUGGCUGAAGGCUUCGAGUGGCUACACAGGCUUCUCCCAGCCCAAAGCUACCCAAGUGGACAGUGACCUCCUCCACCCACAUACACUAACCCCUUACAGGGCCAGUACAGAGCAAUGAGUGGUGGCCACCAGCCUGUGUUUUCCCUGGCUCCACUCAUCUGAAUGUAGAGAUUGGGUUGUUCUCCCUCACUGGGUUGGGGUGAAGACACGCCUCAGCCUCUGGUGUGGACUCUUGCAGUGCCACAGUUGAGCCCAUCCAGGCCAUGUGGUUCUCGUCUGUUAAGACGGUGAUCUUAUUGCCAAGCUCCUCUCGCCUCCUGCCCACUGAGGGAGGAGCUCAGUGUCGGUGAGGUGGGGUCGACUUUGCUUUAUAAACGGCGGGCCCGACCUGGCCACCAGGUCUCAGCACAAGACCGCUUCCUUUGCACAGAAUGAGCUACGAGCUUUGUUCAGACUACCUGAAUGUAUUGGGAGGAAUCGGGCAUAGGCCUUCCCCUGGGGGGUAUGUGCUGGGAAGGGUCAGCAAGUGUAGACCGCAGUUUUAUUUUUGUACUGAUAUUGGUGAGAGACUAUAUCAUCUAUUUAUUUAGGUGAUUUAUCUGGUAGGUGAGGCAAAAAAUUAUCAAAAAAAUACAUUAAAAUGACUUUAGAAACUUA